AUGUGGGAGGCACAAUUCUACAGGAAAACUGGCAGAAGGAGUAGGUUGGCAAAAGCGAAGAGUGAUGUUUCUGAAGGCAGGCGACUUCUGAUGACAGAGUCAUCUAGCCAGCGCUGGAUGAGGCUGACUACUUUGAGGCCUAUGUCUGGGAUCCUGGCUUUGUCAGAGGAGUGGGCGAACACGUUAGGAAAGGAUCUUACUGUCAAAAUACACCUGAAUAGGAGAGAUGAAUGGCUGAUAAAUGGGGUUGGAGAAAGGCACGCAGCCAUCAAAUCCCUGGUAGUGGUCCACAAUCCAUGCCCUGACUACAAAGUGAUGAAGAAGCAUCGUAGGAGUAAAACUUACUACGAAGAUGUCAGAUCAAAUUCCACUGAAUUCAAUUUGACAUGGAUGCUUGAUAUCCUGCAAGGAACAGCAUACCACCAACAUAUUCAUCCCCCUAGCACAACUCAAGCGUCAUGUCAGAAUACUGGAAGGGCCACUCUACAUUCGGUGAAGCGACGAGACAGUGGGGGUAAAGAGGAUGUGCCAGUGAUGACAAGAUUGUCAUCCUGUCAGUUGUUGGAUUUGCAAGCAGGAGCUCCGUCGUAUCCCGUCAGCCGAGCUAUAUACCCCUUUAUGUUGGGAUGGACUUGGUUACCGUUAUAUACUAACUACGGACUGUCGGACACCCUCACCGCAUUUCUGCUUAUCACUACGCUGUGUGAGGUCUACAAUAUAGCUAACAGUCCAAAGGGAAAUGGGACCACUUCGAUGGAUCCAAGCCCCGACCCUGUUCUCUCUGCCCCCACCACUGCUCUGGUCAAUGAGCUGGAUGAAUGGGAGAAAGACGAGGCUGUAGCCAAGAACCUCCUGCUCUCGAAGAUCCCUGACUCAGUCGCUAUGAAGAUCCAGCAUCUUCCCACAGUCGCUGUCACCUGGGCAAAAAUUGAAAAGGAGUUCACCGAUAAGAGCGGCUACGCACAGACCUGA